AUGUAUCACUCUCAAUGCCUGACUGGGGACGGCCUUCGACACUUCGCCUAUCAGAAAGAAGCAAAGUUCUACAAUGGUGUAACUCUGGAUGAUAUACAUGGAGACAACUCGACAAUCAAUGGCAUCGGAGCCUGGAGUGAAAAGGGUAUCAUCGGUCGCGGUAUCCUCCUCGACUACGAAGCCUGGCGAGAAGAACACGACCAUCCACUGAGAGAUGCGUUCAAACCGGGUGUCAUCACCUUAUCCGGGCUGAAAGCAGUCGCCGAGUGGGAAGGCGUAGAGAUCAAGUUUGGCGAUAUCCUCAUCAUUCGUUCUGGAUACAUGGCUCAAUACAACAAAAGCUCUCGUAAUGAUCUCGAAGCUCUCAGCAAAAUCAUGCCGCCUACUUUUCUGGGUGUGGAACAGAGUACGGAGAUGUUGAAUUGGAUCUGGGACAAUUUCUCCGCGGUUGCUGGAGAUCAACCAUCAUUCGAGUGCUGGCCAUCUUCCCAGCCAUACAUGCUUCACGAAGUCCUUCUAGCUGGCUGGGGCUGUCCGAUUGGCGAGCUCUUCGACCUUGAAGUUUUGUCCGUCCAAUGCAAGAAAAGCAAUCGGUAUAGCUUCUUUGUCGCUAGCGAGCCUUGCAAUGUUUGUGCACCUCAUUACCUCACUUAA